AUGGCGCGGCCGUCCAAUACCCCUUCGCCGUCAACCCGCAACAAAAAUAUCGUUGACCAAGCAAAGGGAGGAGAAGAGGAAGACGAAGAAGAAAUUGUCGUCUCCCACAUCUAUCCUUCCUUCAUGAUUCCAGACAUUUUUACCGGGUACCCUCCCGUCAGGGAUGCCCUCGUCACCGACAGCUCUGUCGCCCAGGACCAGAUUGCCAACGAGUGUCGGCAUUUCGUGGCCGGUGAAGAUGAUAUCCUGGAGUACAAUGAGCACGGAGUCCCACGACUGAGCAGGGACAAACACAUCAGGUUUCUUCACCUAGCCCUGGGCGGACUGCCAGGCCGCUUCGUCGCCGUGGAUGCAAGCAGGCCCUGGUUUCUGUACUGGGCCAUCUCAGGUCUUACAAUCCUCGGCGAGGAUGUGUCCCGCUACCGGAACGCGGUCGCCGAGACAGCGCGCUCUAUGCAGAACGACACUGGAGGUUUCGGCGGAGGCUGCAGACAGCUUUCCCACAUGGCCACUUCCUAUGCAGUGGUCCUGGCUCUUGCCUUAGUGGGUGGAGAGGAAGCCUUCGAGGUCAUUGACAGGAAGGCAAUCUGGAGAUGGCUCUGUCGCCUCAAGCAGCCCGACGGAGGGUUUCAGGUCUGCCUCGGUGGUGAGGAAGACAUCAGGGGCGCGUAUUGUGCGGCAGUCAUAAUCAAGUUACUCAACCUUCCCCUGGACUUGGCGCCGGAGUCCCCAGCCUGGACGGAGGAGGGCGACAAGAACCUCCUCACCGGGCUAGGAGACUAUGUCCGACGAUGCCAAACAUUCGAGGGCGGCAUCUCUGGUCAGCCAGACGCCGAAGCCCACGGGGCGUAUGCGUUUUGCGCCCUGGGUUGCCUUUCCCUGCUUGGUCACCCUAGCCAGGUCAUCCCAAGAUACCUCGACGUUCCACGACUCAUUGCGUGGCUGUCGUCGCGACAAUAUGCGCCCGAGGGGGGCUUCUCCGGCCGCACCAACAAGCUCGUCGACGGCUGCUACAGCCACUGGGUUGGCGGGUGCUUCCCACUAAUUGAAGCGUGUCUCAGCGGCGCUACUACCGGUGGUGCUGAUCUUGCUGCUGGCAGCCUUCCACCUGCACCGGAAAGCCUAUUCAGCCGGGAAGGCUUGAUUCGGUAUAUUCUUUGCUGUUGCCAAGACCUGACCAGAAAGGGUGGGUUGCGGGAUAAGCCAGGAAAGUCGCCCGAUGCCUAUCACUCGUGCUAUGUCCUCUCGGGUCUCAGUUCAGCCCAGCAUCAAUGGGAACUAGUGCCGCCCGAGGAACAAGAAGAAGAGCCCGCGUCUGCUGGGACUGAACCCGCGACUUCAACGACAAGAUCAGUAGCAGCAGCAGCAGUAGCAGAUCCGCUAUGGGUCGUAUUGCCGUAUUUCGAGGGCGUGCAGAUCUUUGACCAGAGGGACCGGGUUCGACCAAUUCACCCAGUCUACGCCAUCCCCCACCGCAACCAGCAGGCCAUCAGGAAUUACUUCCUAGCGAAGGAAGGCUUCUAG